AUGGGUGCCCUUAAAUAUGUGGAAGAACUUCAGAAGAAGAAGCAGUCCGAUGUGAUGCGCUUCCUCCUGCGCGUCCGAUGCUGGGAGUCCGAGCGAACCGAUUCAUCAUUCAAAGACCUGGACCGACUUCGUCAACUCAAUGUCAUCCACCGCGCCUCCCGCCCAUCUCGCCCUGACAAGGCCCGUCGUCUCGGAUACAAGGCCAAGCAGGGCUACGUUAUCUACCGCAUCCGUGGUGUCAACCAGCUCAAGUACCAGCGAUCCCUCAGAUCCACCGCUGAGGAGCGUGUUGGAAAGCGAUGCGCCAACUUGCGUGUUCUCAACUCCUACUGGAUCAACCAAGAUUCUACCUACAAGUACUACGAGAUCAUCCUCGUUGACCCUCAGCACAAGGCCAUCCGCAAGGAUCCUCGCAUCAACUGGAUUGUCAACCCCGUUCACAAGCACCGCGAAUCCCGUGGUCUUACUGCCACCGGCAAGAAGUCCUGUGGUCUCAACAAGGGUCACGGCUACAACAAGACAACCGCCGGCAGACGGAAGACCUGGAAACGACUCAACACCCAGAACUUCUGGAGAUACCGUUAA